UCAGCAUUCAGUUCAUCCAUCACAUCUACCAACUCUCACAAGUCCAACACCAACUCAGCCAUCAUCAUGACUACCAACUCUUUCGGCGGAGCUCUCCCUCGCUUCGACUUCCCUGCUCAACCACAACCCGCCAUGUCUCGCAUUGCGCGCAUCAACAAAGCACUUCCAGUAGUCUUGUUCGCAGCCACAGUAACCGCUUUGGCUAUCAAGACAAGACAAAACUUCGAUGCACCCAUCACUACAUCAAUGUUGUUUGCGCGUCCCCAGAACUUGGUACCUCAAGGGCAGCAGACAAGAUUGGACAAGAGGAAUGGCGAUGUGGGAUUAAAGCCAAAUCAAUAAGAUUAGACAUUGCAAUCGGCGACAGAAUUGGGAAGCAUAAGGAAGCGAUUGACACAACCAUUAGCUAUUCAGGCAUGAGAUUAGGGCUGGUCCCAAUACAUGACAUCUUAAUUACUUGCAUAUCCUCAA